CUGUUGCUGAGAGCACCGGGGAGAGCACCGGGGAGAGGAGGGGGCCGCUCGGCCAGGGACGGAGGGUACUUCCUUGGAGAGGACAGCCGGGGAGGGGAGGGGGGGGGUGUUUCUUUUUCGGAGGAAAUCAUGCAGUUUGCAAUCUGGCUGGUUGGACUAACGUGUCAUCUGUCAGCACUGGUCCGGGAGACUCAGCAGCACCGGUUGCAUCUCAAACAAGAAAACUUCAUCAGCCAGCUGUCAUCGUACGAAAUCAUCACCCCGCUGCGCGUAAACGACUUUGGAGAAUCGUUCCCGCACAAGCUGCACUACAGGCGCCGGCGCAGGAGUUUAAAUGAAGACCUGUCGGGCGUGCGCGUGCACUACAGGAUCGACGCGUUCGGGGAACGCUUCCAUCUCAACCUGAGCGCCGACUCCAGCUUCAUCUCCCCGUCCUACACGGUGACGCACCUGGGGGCCGAGCGGGGAAACGGCACGGAGCGCAGCGACAUGCGCCACUGCUUCUUCCGCGGGCACGUGAACGCGCGGAGCGAGCACGCCGCCGCCCUCAGCCUGUGCGCCGGCCUGGUCGGAACUUUCACCACGCAUCUCGGCGAAUACUUCCUGGAGCCCCUCUUAAACGCGGCGGGGGAGGAGUACGACGACGAGCACAACAAACCCCAUCUCGUCUACCGGCACCAGAGGAAGGGGAACGUCUCGAGUCCCGGCGAGCCCUGCGCUGCCUCAGGGAAGUCUGAGAGCCCAGCCUCCCCUGAGAGCAGAGGGAAUAUGGGAGAGGAACUGGACUCUCUCAGGGCUACCAUAGAUGACCAGUAUCGCUCCGAUGGCAACUCCACCGGCGGCCCCACGGCGUCCAAACGCAGACCCAAGCGCUUCCUCUCCUACCCGCGCUACGUUGAGUUGAUGGUGACUGCGGACGCCAAAAUGGUGCGUCACCAUGGAAGCAACCUGGAGCACUACAUCCUCACAAUCAUGUCAGUAGUGGCAGCAGUGUACAGAGACCCCAGCGUAGGAAACCUCAUCAACAUCAUGGUUGUCAAGCUAGUGAUUAUCCACAAUGAGCAGGAGGGGCCCACGGUGAGCUUCAACGCUGCCACGACUCUGCACAACUUCUGUGUCUGGCAGCAGAGCCAAAACGUGCAGGAUGACAGCCAUCCCUCCCACCAUGACACCGCGCUCCUCAUCACCAGGGAAGAUAUUUGCCGUGCAAAAGACAAAUGUGACACUUUAGGACUGGCAGAGCUGGGGACCAUGUGCGACCCGUACCGCAGCUGCUCCAUCAGCGAAGAAAACGGAAUAAGUGCCUCCUUCACCAUCGCUCAUGAGCUGGGCCACGUGUUCAACAUGCCGCACGACGACAACCCCAAGUGCCGGGAGGCCGGCAUGAAGCACCAGUAUCACGUCAUGGCCCCCACCCUCAACUACGACACCAGUCCGUGGUCCUGGUCCAAGUGCAGCCGCAAGUACAUCACCGAGUUCCUGGACACUGGCUAUGGGGAGUGCCUCCUGGACGAGCCUGUGGGCAGAACAUAUGAACUUCCCAGCCUUCUCCCUGGUCAGAUCUACAAUGCCAACAGACAGUGUGAACUUAUGUUCGGUCCCGGUUCUCAAAUUUGCCCCUACAUGAAACAGUGCAAGAGGCUGUGGUGUACGAGUGCAGAGGGGGAUCACAAGGGCUGUCGCACCCAGCACAUGCCACUGGCUGAUGGGACAGAUUGUGGCCAUGGAAUGUAUUGCAGACACGGAAUGUGCGUCAACAAGGAGCUGGACCUACAACAGGUCCAUGGAGAGUGGGGUCCAUGGGGGCCAUACAGUGUCUGCUCCAGGUCCUGUGGAGGAGGAACGAGGAGCACCAUGAGAGAAUGCAACAAGCCAGAGCCCAGAAAUGGCGGUAAGUUCUGCGUGGGCCGGCGGAUGAAGUUCCGCUCCUGCAACACGGAGCCCUGUCCGCGCGGACGGAGAGAUUUCCGAGAGGAGCAGUGCUCUCAGUUCGACGGCAAGCACUUCAACAUCAAUGGCCUGCCUCCCUCCGUCCGCUGGGUCCCCAAGUACAGUGGCAUACUAAUGAAGGAUCGCUGCAAGCUCUUCUGCCGGGUCGCUGGCACGAUAGCGUACUAUCAGCUGAAGGACCGCGUCAUCGACGGCACCCCGUGUGGUCCAGACACGUUUGACAUCUGCGUCCAAGGCCUCUGCAGGCAAGCGGGCUGUGACCACGUUCUCAACUCCAAGGCGAGGAAUGACAAGUGCGGAGUGUGUGGCGGGGACAACUCCUCCUGUAAAACUCUGGCGGGGACUUUCAACGACGCUCAAUAUGGUUACAACACGGUGGUGCGGAUCCCAGCUGGAGCCACCAACAUCGAUAUCAAACAAGUCAGCUACUCUGGAAAACCAGAGGAUGACAACUACCUCGCAUUAGCUGAUAGCCAGUCCAACUCCCUUUUAAAUGGGAACUUUGUGGUGGCCAUGUUCAAAAGGGAAAUCACCUUCAAGGGAACCGUCAUAGAUUACAGCGGCUCGGACACAAAGGUUGAGCGCAUCAACUGCACAGAACGCAUCGAGGAGGAGCUGAUUCUGCAGGUCUUGUGCGUCGGGAACCUGUACAACCCAGAUGUGCGUUACUCCUUUAACAUACCCAUCGAGGAACACAAGGAGCAAUUUCUGUGGGAUCCCUCGGGCUCUUGGCUGGAGUGCAACCGCAUCUGUCAGGGUGAGCGGAGGCGGAAAGCAGCGUGCGUGCGCAAGAGCGACCGCUUGGAGGUGUCUGACCAGCGCUGUGAGCAUUCUCCCCGCCCCGUCGCUGUGACCGAGCCCUGCAACACGGACUGCGAUGUCAGGUGGCACGUUGCCGGGAAGAGCGAGUGUUCAGCCAAAUGUGGGCCCGGCUACCGCAGCCUGGACGUUCAGUGUAUGAAGUACAACCUGCUAAAGAGACAGAGCGAGAGGAUGGAGGCGGGCUCCUGCGCCGACAUCUCCAAACCUCACACCAGGGAGCCCUGCCACGGGGACUGCCUGCUCAAGAGCUGGCAGUACAGCGCCUGGUCACAGUGCUCCAAGACAUGUGGGCGCGGGAGCCGCAGCAGAGAGUCCUACUGUAUGAACAAUCUGGGUCGGCGCCUGGCGGAGAGGGAGUGCAGCGAGUACGAGAGGGUGGUCACUGAGGUCUGCGGGGAGCAGCCGUGUCCCAAGUGGACCGUCAGUGAGUGGAGCGAGUGUCUGGUGACUUGUGGGAAAGGGAUGAGACACCGACAAGUGUCCUGCACCAUGGAAGCCGGGGAAGAAAAGCUGAGUGAACAUUUUUGUGACUCCUCCACUAAACCCCCUGCUGUGGGGGGCUGUGAGCUGCCUGAGUGCGCAUCCUGGCAAGUUGGCGUCUGGGGAGCAUGUUCGGUGACCUGUGGGAAGGGGAAGCAGGCGCGUUACGUCAGCUGUCGGGACGCUCAGGGAGGAGUGGCCGACGAAUCGUACUGCGCCCACCUGCCCCGCCCUCCCGAGUUCUCCACCUGCUUCAGCCCCUGUGGCCAGUGGCACCCCAGAGAGUGGUCUGCUUGCUCUGUGACGUGCGGCGUUGGAAGAACCACCAGACAAGUGGUGUGCUCCAACUACCACCAGCCCGUGGAGCCGUCCUUCUGUGACCCGGACGAGAGGCCCCCGGCGGAGCAGGAGUGCGCCGCCGCGCCCUGCCCCUCCGUCUACAGCCGCCAGCCCGUUUACCAACAGCCCUACGGAUACCCCCAGGAUCCGGGACGUCACCCGGGGCACAGCAGCUGGAAUGUCCCCUCAGCAGACAACCAGUGGAGGACCGGACCCUGGGGCGCGUGUUCCAGUACCUGUACGGGAGGCUUUCAGAGGCGAGUGGUGGUCUGUCAGGACGCUGAAGGGCGAGCCAACAGCUACUGCGAUGAGAGGGUCAAACCCGCCGAGUCCAAGAGCUGCGACUCCGGCCCCUGCCCUUUGUGGAACUAUGGGGUUUGGGGAGAGUGUUCCCAGACCUGCGGGGGCGGGAGGAGGACCCGCCUGGUGGUGUGUCAGCGUCCCAGCGGACACAGGCUGAACGACUACAACUGUGACAUCCUGGACAAGCCCCCUGACAUGGAGCAGUGCAAUCUGCAGCUCUGCCCGGGCUCUGCCUCCUGGCAUCGCCGACCCUGGAAGCCGGUACGAUAG